CUGUGAUUCAUCUCGUCACGAAGUUCUACCCACCUCAUCACUGUUCUUGACUGCCCCGGCUCAGCGCUUCCAACCAUCAGUAAGGCCAUUCCAGACUCACCUCGCGUCCGCUCUUUCCGCCUGGACCUCUUCGCGCCGCCGGAGCUCGCUGGUCGCCUCGAGCGGAACACUUCACCUCACAGCGCUCCUAUUCGAUCUGGUCCCAGCAUACAAACGCAGCAUCGCACAGCAAUCAGGAGGUCCACAAGCCUUAGACUGAGGCUCUCCUGAACCUUGGUAUCUGCUCGCCAUGUUUUGGCGCUUCGGGUUUGCAUCGACCUCGACGCUCGAUACGCUCCUCGAAAAGUCCAAUCUCACGAUUGAGGAGCUGCUGGACGAAGAUGACCUCCUGCAGGAAUGCAAAGCUCAGAACGGCAAGCUGGUAGACUUCUUGUCUCAAAAGAGAAUCAUCAAGAGGCUAUUCGAGCAUGUUGUGGGAGUCGCAGAAGUCUCGGGAUCAGGCGGCAAGGACUGGGAGGAAAAGGUUCGAUUCAAAUACCCUUACGUUGCAUCGGAAGUCCUGUCAAGUGAAAUCUUUGCGAUUGUGGAGACUGUCUUAGCCAACCCCGAGGAUCUGCUAGACCCCUUUUGGAACGCAAUACUGCACUCUAAGCCGGGUCAUGUCCAGCCUCCCCAGCCGCAUCAUUCUCAUCCUCUCCUAGCCGGAUCUCCGUCUGCUUCUCCCAUUCCUCCGGGCAAGCCGCUACCAGGGGAGAAGAGCACCGACAAGUCGGGCUUCAAGACGGGUGGCCGGGACGGCAGCUCAUCCUCUUCAUCCUCUUUGGCAGACUCGAACCAUGAAGACAGCGCGACUGUGAUUCGAGCUACGGACAACGGUCCGGGCAAGAGUGUCCUGGCGGGUUAUUGGGCGAAGGUCAACGGGGUGUUUCUAGACAAGAAGCCUAGGGAAAUGCUGGCAUAUAUUCGCGACCUACCCCGGAUAGUAGAGCGAUUUGUUGCUCACCUCGAGACGCCAGCAGCAGUCGAUUUGCUAUAUCGGAUUAUCUCUUGCGAGCAGACACUUCCAGCCGCUGGCGUGAUAGAAUGGCUGUCUAGUCAUGACCUCAUACCGAAGAUGGUGGAGCUCCUCUCCCCCAAGUAUUCAAUAGACCUGCACAAUACAGUAUCUGAAUUGCUCAAAGCCAUCAUCGCCCUUUCGGCUCCCUCGCCGGCGGGUAUGACUUCAGGUCAGGAUGCCUUUGGCUAUGGCAACUCCACUUCUUUUGGCGGCCAGGAGCAGGCUAUGGGAGUGCAAAACAAACUCGUCCGGGAGCUCGCCAGCGAGCCGAUGGUCAGAAAGAUGGUAUCGUUUAUGCUAGACUCGGCCCAUGGUUCUGAGCUCACGCGGAGGCUCUCGACGGCCGCCGACGAGCGGACAGCGUCCGAUCAGAAGAGCGAAGAUGCAGGCGAGGAGGAGGAGCAUGAUGUCUUGACUUUCGGAGCCAAGACCACAAAGUCUGUUCUGAGCGGCUCCCCAGCCCUGGACGAGAGCUCAGCGAUCGACGAUGCAGACGACACGGACCCGCAGCCUCUCAACCCAAGUUUGACACCAGCAUUUGACAUUCAUGGUUCAGCACAUAGGGACUCGACUGCAACUGUUAGGCCGACAAAUUUCUUUCCCCCAGUAUCAGCACCUCAAAAUCCGAUCUCACGCGAGACGAGCACCUCGUCGCUUAUCACUGGCAUCGGCAUCUUCAUUGAGCUGAUACGGAAGAACAAUAGCGACUACUUUGAGCAGCAUCUCUUCCACGCCCUGCGGUCCCAUCUGCUGCAGCGCCAGCAAGAGAUUGCCGCGAAGAAGGCUCAAGCCCGUUCUGAGGCGGGAGCCACAAACAGCAGUGCAGCAUCAGAAAGCGGAGCACCUGCGUCUUCAGAGGAGGAAAAGGACGAGGAGGAAGAGGAGAUGGAGGGCAUGGAGGAGGCGAUGCUGGAGAUGACGGAUAAGCUGGGCAUAGUCCAUCUCGGCCCUAUGCUGACUGCUCUGUGCGAGCGUCUAUCAGAGUUCCAAGCUCUGAUCGAGAGACCGAGCACAGCUCAGAACCAGAUUCUCACGACCCUGGGCAAAGUCAAUGCACUGUCUUUCGAGCGCUAUCGUAUCGCUGAGCUGUAUGCUGAGCUGCUACAUUGCUCGAAUAUGGCACUGCUAAAUCGUCCCGCUGGCGAUGGACCUCUCUACUCCUCUAGCGGCGUUCUGCAAGGUGGGAUUCAAGGGUUGCAAGUGCUUGCCAGGACGUUACAAGGCGCCGAUGCCGACGACACUUCGGACACCCCAGGUGCCGUCGCCGCAUCUGCAGAGGAAUCGGUUUCACCGUCUUCUGGUACCAAUGGUGAAUCAUCGACACCUGUAAACGAUGGCAAGCCACCUUCCGCUACACCACAAGGCCGGCAUGCUCGGCAAGCAUCGACAGCAGGAGCUAGUGAAGACGGUGCUGCUAGUGGUAAUGCGUCUGAGCAGACAGACAGCGAUCCUUUUGCAGACGAGGUGUCAGCUCCCGAGAGUACGCCUGAGUCAGAUCCACCGCAAGCUGAAGAGCCAGCGGUAUCGGCAGAAGACGCCAAAAGCAUUCGUUCGGCUCUGUCGUCCAUGUCCCUGGCCAACCUGACGACACCGCAACACUCAGAGCCUCCGUCUCCGAUGAGUGAUUCGGCGGAGCAGGUCGUCGGCGAUCUUCUCAAGAAGAAGUUCCUCGACUGCGACGUCAUUCCAACUAUACUCUCCCUGUUCUUCGAGUACCCGUGGAACAACUUCUUCCACAACGUGGUAUACGAUAUACUCCAACAAUGUUUCAAUGGCAGAAUGGAUGCAGGUCUGAAUCGCAAGCUGACGAUUGCAGUAUUCGAAAAGGGUCGCCUGCCCGAGAAGAUCCUUGAGGGUCAGCAACGCAACAAUGAAUCUACAAAGGGCCCCCGCAGGAUCAGGCUGGGAUACAUGGGUCAUCUGAACCUGAUCGCUGAGGAGACCGUGAAGCUCCUAGAGCGGUACCCUCAGGAGAUAGGAGAAGCUGUGUCCAGCUCGAUCCCUCAGCCUGCCUGGGACAACUUUGUCAAUGAAAGUCUCAAGGAGAAUCGUGAGAAGGAGUCGGCUCCCCUGGCAGGAGGCAAGCCUAUGACAGGAGGCUUCGGCUUCGGAGGCUCCUCUGCCAAUCAAGGUAGCGGCAGCGAGGACGACGGAAGCAGGAAUGGCGCUGGCGUGGGCCAGUCUGGUGACAACGAGACGUUUGCCAACUACCUCUCUGCUCAAAUGGGUGGUACAAGCUCUGACGACGAUGAUUCAGAUGAGGAAGCCAGCUGGCUCACUCAAGAUCCCAGGAGCUCCGGCUUUGCAGACGCCUUUCAGCCAGGGGGAGCUAGCAACGCUUCGGUCACAGCUACGACCAAGGUUCAUGAGGACCAAGAUGAUGACGACGACGAGUGGGGUCCCUUCUCUGCUUCUGAAGGAGGGGGCAUCUCUUCAACGUCUAAAUUCGACUUCCAGUCGUCUGCAAGUCAACCUCUGACAUCUGCAGACUGGGCUGCUUCUGCCUUUGAUCGAUCUGACUCACCUGGAGACGGUUCUGCCCUGGAUGACUCUGCCACUGGCGGCGAGGACGAGGACGGCGAGGCGUCAUCCCCUUCCGACGAGCAGUAUCCUUUCGUCGAUCUCUCCGACGCCACAUCGUACCGCAUCGCACAAGCUACUGCAGCUUCACUCCAACGACGUCGCAGCAGCGGAGGAGGCUCUUCAUCAAGCGCUGGUUUCCCUGCUGUCGGCCGCCGUCGAGCAUCAUCGUCAGCUGGUUCCGGAUCCACCGAUCCUUCGGCCGCCCAAGCGGCGGAUGAGGGAGAGCCAAUGGGCCCAGGUGUCUCCUCCAAGGACACAGAGGUGAAGGACGGUAUGCUGAUCAGGAAGCUCAGCGACGGAAGCACCGUCAGCGUACCGCUGGACGAUGUGGCCCUGGCUCAGCUUGCAGAAGGCCAACAAGAAGAGAGCAACGAGAGCGCCCUAGAGGACAAUUGAGGGCAAGACAGACCUUUCAUACCAGCCUUGGCCACCGCGAACCACCAUCUCUAUCUGCUCUUUCCCAUGUUUCUUGCUUGUCGAUCCCAUUUGCCCUUCUACCCUUUCCCUCCGUCGAUAGCCUGUCUUGACCACUCCCUUCUGUAUUCCACGUUUCCAGCUCAGCAUCAAGAUCCGAACUUCAACCCAUGCCUCGGCUCCGCCGCCAUUUCAAUAGAAACAGCAAGCAAUCUCAAAAGCUUUACAUCUGCCUGCGUGGGUCACUUACUCUGG